AUGGCCAUAGUUGUGGGGAACCUGGGACUGAUCAUCCUGACCAGUGUUGAUUCCCAUCUCAAAACUCCCAUGUACUUUUUCCUGAAGCAUUUGGCAUUUGUUGACCUUGGCUUUUCCACAGCUAUUGGGCCAAAAAUGCUAGUUGGAUUCACGGAGGCGAAAAAUAUCAUUUCCAAUAAUGGAUGUGUGGCACAGCUGAUUUUCUUUGGGAUAUUCACUUCCAGUGAAGUUUUUAUUCUGUCAGCCAUGGCCUAUGACCGCUAUGUUGCUAUCUGUAAACCCCUCCAUUAUACAGUCAUCAUGUCAGACAGGGUACAGAGACAAAUUCACCGGGCCACUCAGUUACGUGAUUAUAUUUCUUGGAUGGCAGAAAUGAUCAACCUGAAUGAAACCCCAGGGGGCCAACUCACUGAAUUCAUUCUCAUGGGCAUCACCAACAGCCCUGAGAUGCAGGGCCCCCACUUUGUUGUGCUUUUGCUAAACUACAUGGUCAUAGUUGUGGGGAACUUGGGCCUGAUCAUCCUAAUCAUUGUCGAUUCCCAUCUAAAAACCCCCAUGUACUUUUUCCUCAGGCAUCUGACAUUUGUUGAUCUUGGCUAUUCCACAUCUAUUGGGCCAGAAAUGAUAGUUGGUUUCAUAGAGAAGAAAAAUAUCAUUUCUUAUAAUGGAUGUGCAAUACAGCAAAUUUUAUUUGUGAUACUUAUGGCCAGUGAAAUUUUUAUCCUUUCAGCCAUGGCCUAUGACCACUAUGUUGCUAUCUGUAAGCCACUCUACUACAUGGCCAUCAUGUCAGAUAGG